GCUGUAGUGUGACCGUCUUCGGUUGGUCAGUCGCUAAUUUUUUAGAAGCGGAAAGUUGUGAGCAAAACGUGUGAAAAUUGUGCUCGAAACGUCAACAAAAAAUUUGUGAAAAUAGCUGGGAGCGUAGUAUGCGAGCGCGGCAAUCGCAGAACUAUGAAAUUCCCCCGUGAAACGUGUUAGUUUAGCUGCAAAAGCACUUUUAAUUUACGAUUUCUUAUUAGCGUGUUGGAAAAGAGGAAAACACACACAAUGUAGUAAACGUUCAAAACAGCGUCGCGCUAUUUUCUGAAUGCUACGAAUCAACAAUGUGCAACAGAACAAAAAAACAAGUGUCCAAGUGUAUACAAAUCCAAUUUGUAUUGUAAAAGUUGAAUUAAAAAGUUCUGAAAAAUAAAAACCACGUAGAUUGUGUCAAAUUAAACUGAGUUGUGCAAAAUGAAGUGAAAACGGAAAAAUAACCUAGUAAACGAAACAACGAAAGAUCGUUUAUAUGAAUAUCAUACCCAAAAAAUACAAGUUGCAACGUACAACGACGGACAACAACGCAAAAUCUAUUGAGCGGGAUUAUCAUCUUCAGAAGACCAUAUCAGGUACAGGAUAAGGGUCUACAUACAGGGUGCGAAGCAGAGGAAGCAGUAGCGAAGGAGCCAGGAAGCACGCAGAGGAAGUCGUCGAAUCUCUCGCAGCGUUAUGAUUGUGAUGGCUGACAAUGUGAUGUGGCACAGAGUUGGACAUCGUCUAUGCAAAUCGAGCGCGCACCACCGCCUACGCCUACAAUUGUUACCACAGGGAGUCUCACCCUCCGUCCUCCGUGCCAGAGCCAGAGGUUAUGCAUUGAGCCCCCAAUGUUUUGGGGGCACGUCAACGAAGGGCCAGCGUCAGCAGGAGCAGAAACUGCAGCAGCAGAACCGGCAGCAACAUGACGACUUUGCCUGUGAAGUAGUGUUGUGAAAUAGAAACUGAAACCGUUACUGAAACCGAACUCUACCAAGAGAGUGAACUCUCAAGCCGAAUUAGGCUCCCUUCCUCUAAACACACGUUUAAUUUUAGUUCGCAGUCCGAUCUGCAGCACCAGCACCACCAUGCCCAUGUCCAGCCACGACACGGUCUUCGUGGAGCCCGCCGUUAGCGGCAGUGGCGGCGCCAGCACGAGCAGCAUCAAUCGCGUCGGAGUAGCCGGUGGCCCCCAGCCGCCGCCUCCACACAUUGUCAUCGAUGGCAGCAGUCUGCCUACGCAGGCACAACUGCGGAUCAUGCAGCGCCGUAUGUCGAUCAGUACACGCCAGAUUCUCAGCGCCAGUCAGUCCCAGUCGAUGAAUCCAACGCAGAAGUAUGCGGUGCGUACAGCAGCCGGAACCGGAGCACUGUCUGCAACAUCAGCCACUUCGGCUAGUUCCGGCCAGGAGCUGAUUAAUCCCCAGAUCUACAAGAUUGUGACCACUGACGGUAGCACUAGUAACGUCAUCAUAGACGCCUCGGCUGCGGCGCCGCCUCACAACUCUAAACUCCUGCUCAGCAAUCUCACGGUACUCUCCAAGCAGGCGCCUGUCCAAGGAGGAACCGCCCAGCAGCAGCAGAUUAAUUAUUUGGGUGCCAAGAGUCUGCCGUAUGUGACGGCCUCGCCGGCUAAGCCGCAACAGCAGCCCCAGAAAUUCGGAAGCAUCGGCGCUUUUAAACAGCAGCAGCAACAUCAUCCGCAUGCCACGCUGCAGAAGGUGACUUUGGGAUCCCGAGUGGCUACCCGCCUGCAGUCGUAUGUCUCGGCUUCUCCGUCGCAGAUAAUGGUGCAGCCGGCACAGCCCAAGUUUGUGAACGCCACGGCAACAGCAUUGGCUGGUAAUGCAGCCCUGUUAAAGAAGGCCAAUCAAAAGAUCACAGUAAAGAGCGUGGCCAACAUGUCGCAGCAGCAGCAACAACAACAACAGCAGCAACAACAACAACUACAAGCCCAGCAACUGAAAACCUUCAUCACGCAGCAGCAACAGCAGCAAACCUACAAGGCGGGCGCAAAGGCAAAGUUUGUGAAACAGACGACUGCCCUGUCCAUUGCCGCUUUGCCUCAACAACAGCAGCAGACGGGAACCUAUAGCAAACAGCCAAUGGUGACCACGCCAACUCCCGCUAAGGUCACCAAACUUACAAGCAAGUACGUGCAACAGCAGAUCAGCCUGCCGCAAGGAACGCAACUGCAGCACAAGACGUCACCAAAUGUUGCCGGAGCAGGAUACCUACUGCAGCAGACUCAGGCUGCUGGCGGAGGGACCAUCAAGUUUGUCAACUCACAUGGGACCGUCAUCCAGCAGCAUCCCCAACAGCAGCAGCAACAGGCGACAAAGCGAACCCACUACAACAGCAGUAGUAGCAGCGACAAUGAGCAACAUUCGGUAGCCAACUCUUCACUGAUCACCGAUGACGUGAUGAUCGUUAACGGCACUCAGAUGACCGACGAGUUGUCUGCUCGAAUUCUGCAGAGCAUGGCCCAAAAGUCGUUUAGCCAACAACAGCAGCGAUUUCAACAGGUUCCAGCUACGGGCAGCAGCAAUAUGCCGCCUCCCACACAGAUCAUUUACAGCAACAGCAGCAGUAGUAAUGGCGCAGCUGCUAGUAGUCCUGGUGGAAAUCCUCCUGGAAAUCUUCUGCUUGCUCACUACCAGGCAGCCGGUUCAAAGCCGGUCUCGUCGAAUUCCUUCCUUACGGUUACGGGAACGCCACCGGUUACGGUGGCCACCACGCCGUCAGUGAGCAUCUCUUCGCAUGGCUUUGCCAGCGGUAGCGCGGCCAUCUCCUCCUAUAUGUCGUCAGCAACGGCGGCGCGUCGGCAGUCAGUUAGCGCUCCCAGCAGUAGGGCUGUGUCCCUGGAAAGGAAACAGCUUCAGCAGAAUCAGCAGUUGCAGCACGAGGUGCUGAGUGGCGGGCGGAAGGCCCCUACGGUCAUCGAGUAUUACAACAAGCACGGCGUGAACAGCAUCAUCGGAAGCAGCAAUAGCCUGGCCCAAAGCCACAGCAUGAGUAAUCUCGGAGCGCUGCGGAGCAGUAGUGGCAGCGGAUUCGCCACGACCACUCCAACGCCAGCAACGCCUCUUCACCUGACGCCGCUGAACGUUCCAGUCCACGUGGAUGCCGCACCACCGUCGUCGCCAGCACUGGUUAAGGUCGCGACCCAUGCUACAGCGCAGCCACAACAACAACAGUCCCAUUCGUUGGGACCCAACCAUCUAAAUGCCAACGAUGAGGAGCUGUAUAUAGAGGAGGUACGUCCAGUGCCGGUGCUUACGCAGGAUCUACGCCUGCAACAGCUGCACGCCAUCAUGCAGGACCACACGUAUGCCUCCCAGCAACAGCAGCAACAGUCCCAGCAGGCAACAGGAGACACCACGAUCCCAGGAGCAGCACUGCAAGUUCAGCAGCCGCAGCAGUGGUCGCUGGGCGGAAUCGGUGUCACUGUAGCCGGUGGUCAGGUCACGCCCACAGCUGCAGGCGGAUAUGGCAGCUUCUAUGGCCAGCAAAUAUCUCGUCAUGUGACAGAUGAUGAUGCCCACUCUGCUAUCAGUAGCAGCUCCCGUUUGGGACUGGCCAGUACCGAUAUUGAUCCUGGCGAGGAGACGGAAACGGCACCCGAAGCUGAGGCUGAAGACGAUUCUGUUACGCGCUGCAUUUGCGAACUUACCCACGACGAUGGGUAUAUGAUUUGCUGCGACAAGUGCUCUGCCUGGCAACACGUGGACUGCAUGGGGAUCGACCGCCAAAACAUCCCGGAGGAGUACAUGUGCGAGCUAUGUCAGCCACGUGCGGUGGACAAGGCGAGAGCUCGAGCACUGCAGCGACAAAAGCGAAAGGAACACAUGAUGCUGGUGGCCACCCAAGCGGCAAAUGGAGCUGCCGCCGUGGCGGCAGGAACAACGCUCAGCGUUGGACUUGGUGGUGGGUUGGUUAUGUCUGAGGAGCUGCAGCACAGGCUGGCAUCGGGCCUGAAUGGCGGAUUCGCCACGGGAACCGGUAUGUCCAAGAAGUCGAAAAAAACCAAAGAGAGCGCGGUCAGUAGUUCCGCCUUGAAGAAAACCAAGAAGAGCGGUGUGGGAAUGGGUGGCGAGAAGAGUGGCAGCGGAAGUGGUACCCCCUCCGGCAGUGGCGGCAAAUCGAGUAAGAAGAGCAGCAAACGCAAGAGCAAGUCUAGCGGAGAUGGAUCAUGUGGCGGGGGCAGCAGUCCCGCUUUGACGGCUGCCGAAAAGCACGCCGCCAACCUACGCCAGUGGAUCGAGAACUACGAGUAUGCCGUGACCAACCACUAUUCUCCGGAGCUUCGCGCUCGCCUUCAUGCCAUUCAGAAGCAGCCCAGCUUGCUACAGAGCAUACAAAACACGGAGAACAAGGCCUUGCGGCAGAUCCAGCAGCAACUGUCGAUUGCCGGCAGCAGUGAGCAGCUUGAGCAACGCGCUCAGCUCAUUCCGUAUGCGGGCGCCAAGGUUCUGAUCAGCAGCAUGGAAUUGGCCCCACAUGCCCCCAUCCACGAGUUACGCGGCAAGUACAUGCUGACCACCCAGUUCCGCACCCAGAAUCCCACCGUCAACAUGAACACGCCGCCGCCCAGCAACUACCUGAAUAGCUUCAAGGCGCACAAGACGCCGGGUCAGUUUGUGUUCUUCUACCAGCUGCCCGGCGUGGAGGCGCCCAUGCAGACUCUGCGGCCGGACGGAAGUGUGCCGCAAGUGACGCAGCAACCGCCUUCUUAUCUCAAAGGUCCAGAAGUGUGCGUAGAUACGCGGACGUAUGGCAAUGAUGCGCGGUUCGUGCGUCGCUCUUGCCGUCCGAAUGCUGAGUUGCAGCACUACUUCGAGAAGGGAACGCUGCACUUGUAUAUAGUAGCGCUGACGCACAUACGGGCUCAGACGGAGAUUACAGUGCGGCACGAACCCCAUGACUUGGCAGCGGUGGAGCAGAAGAAGUCGCACGCUGCCGUCAUUCAGCCCACGAGUACGCGAUGCGCUUGCGACAUGGGCAGUGACUGCCUCUUUGCUCUUCCGCUGGCGGUGCAGCAGCAGCUUCAGGCUCCCCCGGCCCAGCCCAGGAGCAGCCAUCGGAACAAGGCGGCGGCAGCAGCGGCUGCGGCAGCGGCGGCCAACAGUGCGGCAGCCAUACAGCUAACCAUGGGAUUGGGCGUGGGAGCGGCGGUGGCGGCUGGAGCGGGUGGUUUGCCGAGUUCCAGGAAUCGCUCAACCUCCUCCAGCGGCGAGAGCAGUCAGAUGGGUCUGAAUAGUCCGCAGCUGGGACAGUUGAACCUUGGCUUCAAGCCUUCCCCAACGGCAGCAUCGCUGACGGCGCCUGUUCCCGGAGUACACUGCAACAACAGCGGUGGGAGUAGCAGCAGUAGCAGCAACAACUCCUGUUCGGUGUCCAUGUCCAGUGUGCUCCAUGACUCCGGCAUCUGCACGUCCUCCUCGUCGCCAUCGGUGUCCAUUCCCUCGCCCACACCCACCCAAUUACAGUCGCCGACUUUACAGUCUCACACGCACCAGAUGCCACAGCAACAAUUGUCGCUGUUACAACGAAGUCCGACACAACAGCAUCAGCAACAGAUUCUUGCUGCGUUGCCCACGCCUAUGCUCACGCCGAUGCUUUCACCUCAGUUGCCCAAAACGGCGCAGCCCCCGCCGCAUCAGCAGUCACAUGUUUUGUUGCCCAUGCCGCAGCAAUCUUCUUUGCUGCAGCAGCAACAACCGCAACAAAGUCAGGAGCCGUUGGCUGUAAUUGCAGCAGCUGCGGCUGCCCAAACACCCAUGGCCACGUAUUUUGUGCGGCAACCCCAGCAACAACAAUCGCCACAGCCACAUGCAGUAGUGACACAACAGCAACAUGUGGUCGCUCCACAACAACAGCAAAACUUCCUGCACCAGCAACAGAAACAACAGCAGCAGCAUCAGCAAAUGGGGGAUGAGGCUAGAAUGGCAGUGAGUGCUUUGCAAACUCUGCAUGCUACCCCCACAUCGCAUGUUAUGACGCCCAUCAAAGUGUCAACAGUACCGCAGCAACAACCGCAACCUCACCACCAACAUACUAACCAGCAACAACUGCAUCAACAGCAAACAGUUCCACAACAACAACCGCAUCAGCUACAACAACAUUCGCCGCAUCUGAACUACCCUCAGUCGCCACAACGGCAGCAAAAACCUCAGUCCGUACAACACCAGCCGCAAAUAAUCUUUUCAAGCGGAGCCCAGGCAAUCCCGGUGACCACGCCCACGAAAUUAAGUUCACCAACAAAGAGUGUGGCGCCUGUGAUUAACAACAACAUUAACAACAACAGUAUAACUAUCGGUGCUCAGGCAUCAGUGAUUGGCGGAAAGAAAACACCGGCCAAGCAGCACCAACAGCAGCAGCCAUUGACUCCAGUCUCCGCCGCUUCAAUUCCAGCAGCAACUCCUUCGCCAGCCGAGUCGAGAGAGGAUGAUGUGUCGUCCAGUGCCACUACGACACCAACCACGAGAACGCCGGCCAAGGAUAAACCAAAGCAGUCGCGAGAGGAUCGCAAGUUGGAAGCCAUCUUGCGAGCGAUUGAGAAAAUGGAGAAGCAGGAAGCACGCGGUAAGAAGGAGACGCGUCAAAGCAGCGGUGGCAAGAGGCAGGCGAGCAACUCACCCGCCUCGCCCAACAAGCGUGGUAGCUCCAUUUCCAUCAGCGAGGAUGUGGACACGCCAACUAGUUCCGCCUCCUCGGCGGCUGUUGCCCAGCGUCGGAAUAAGAAGAAGCGUAAAGUGAGCCGCAGCUACAACAAUACCAAUGGCAUGGCCUCUGGCGGCAGCAAUAACAAACGGAGGAAGAGCAUUCUGGUUGAAUCCGAUGGUGAAUCGCAUGCAUUGACUAACUCAGAAUCGGAGGAUCAAGUGCAGCAUCCACAAACGCAUCACAGUGGAUCAGAGGAUCAGGCGGCAGGUCUUCUCCUCGCAUUGGCCCACAACAACUCCUCUCCCAAUGAAUCAUUCAAAUCGCCUUCAUCGCAAUCGCAUUCUUUACCCGCAACUCCGGCCUCCGUGAGCAGCGCUUGUCUGCUGAUCGAGGCUGCAAUGGGACCUUUGGAACAUCAACCAGCCACAGCGUCACCAUCACUUGGCGAAUUUAAGUUUCCUCCCGGCGGGGCCAAGACCAAGAAGACGCUUAUGUCCAACUGGUUCCAGCAGGCGGAACAGUGCGAGCAGCAACACGCCUCCGGUUUGGACAGCCUCGUGCAGGCAGCCAUGAGCGAGAUCAACGGCGAACGCGAGCAGCUGCACCACCAGCCCCAAGGCCAAUCCUCGCCAGCUCCAGCUCUACUUAAGGUGGAACAGUUCAUUCAUCAGGCGGAGUCUACAACGGCAGUCACUACCCGAGAACAACUGCAUCUGCCACUGCAAAACAAUUCCUCAGUAAAGAAGCGCUGGCUGCGGCAGGCCAUUAGCGAGGAGACCACUCCGGUUGACGAACUGCAGCAGCAGCCAAACCAUUCUGCAGCUGCCACGCCCUCUCCCCAGCCGGUGCCCACGGUCUCACCACUGGCGAAUGGAUUCAGUACGCCGCUAAAGAAGCGCCGCCUGGUGGUGAUUAGCAACGGCUCGAAUGUGGAAGCCGAAGAGCCGCACAUCGAUGUUAUCGGGGAACCCAAGGAGGAAGCAGAAGACAAUGUCGCAAUGCCUGGACUAAAGGUCGAAACAGAACACCACCAGCAGGAGCAGGAGGAUGAUGUGGACAUUCUGCGUUCGCCCAGCCCGGGCACUCAUCAAAUAGUGGCCGAGGAUAACCUGGUUAAGAUCGAACCUGAGGACACGAGUGCGGCGGCCGAUGACGUUAAGAUCGAUGUGGAACGCGAGGAGAGCCAGGCAUGCGACAAAUUCGAGGAAAUGGUAAAGGUGAAGCGCGAAGAGGAGGAGCAACGUGAGCAGCAAAAUCAGCUAUAUCGUCAGGAGGCUCAACCGCAUCAGCAGCCUAAAGUUGAACCCCCCGCAGUGGAACCAAAAUUGGAAAAUUCCGUUGUUAAAGCGGCUGCCAAAGUGGAGGCAACUCCUGAGCUAAUGGCGCAUAAAGUGGAGCCGGUGAAGGUGGAACCAAAGCCGGGCGAAUCGCUGCUCCGCGCGACAGCUAUUACAGCUGCAGCGGCCGCAGUAACAACCGCGGCAGCAACUCUGCUCGAUGUGGGCAAAGUGGUAGUCAAGGCUCGACCACAAUCUCUUAAACUGGAGGAUGAGCCGCAGAAGAAGAAGCCCAAACUAGAGGCAGUACCACCAAUAACUACAGUUGCAGCGCCCCCAGUGGCGGGACUACCCCUACCAACCGCAGCUACAGCUACAGCGGCGACAACAACCAUGACUGCGUCGGCAAUAACAACUGUUCCUCCGAGUACCAAAAAUCUCACCGAGCACGAUAUACAGGAACGAUUGCUGUCGUUCCAUGCAGCCAAUAUUUCCUACUUGCAGUCUAGAAACAAGAAGGCUUCUGCAGUCUCGACAUCCGCUCUUUCGAGUCAGAAGAGCAAUAGUAGCAGUGGUGGGAGCGGCGCAGAGUCGAAAAAAUCAUCGAAGGAUAAGGAUGAAAAGCGGGAUAAGGAGAAACAGCUGAAAAAGUCCAAAAAGGACAAAAAGAAGUCUAAGGAUAAGGACAAGCAAAAGGCGGUUGCGAAUCUAACACCGCAAGUCGUUGAAACGAAGAAAAAGACAUCGUUGCCGACGAAGCCAGACUGCAAAUCCUUGCCAGCGCCGAUUCUAGUGCCUCCUAGUGUGCCAGCUGCUACGGCAAAUGGUAAGACUAAGCACAUGGCGCACAAUAAUGUGGAUCAGCAUCAGCAACAACAACAGCAACAGCAGCAGAUGAGGCGUCGCACCAUGUCCAUGUGCAUCACACCAGUCACGGCUACUCCGGUGCCUAUGGCCGCGCCCCAGCUGGGCACACCGCCUGCAACUAAGAAGCGCCAGACCAAUUUCGAGCAGGAGCUGACUAAGCCGAACAGUCAGAUCCUGAGCAGCAGCAUCCUUCUAAACAGCAGCAAAGGCCUGGGUUUGCCGCUGACCACGCCCUCAGUGGUUGGCAUCCCCACGGCUAUUCAACAGCAGCAGCACCGCAAGGAGAACAAUCACCAGGACAUCGCGACUCCGGCGAGUGGAGGAUCCAUGAGUCUGGCGGCUGCUAUUGCUAGCGGAAAACUGACUGCUAUCAGCCGUCGGCGGGAGUCAAUGUGUGGCAGUCGGCAGCAAGCGCUCAUUGCGGCCGCUUUGAAGAAGGAAAAGAAGGAGAAAAAAAAGAGCAAGAAAAAGGAUCGCGAGAAGCAAAAGCACGAUAAGCAAAAGGGCAAGGAGAAGGAAAGAGAAAAGGACAAGGACAGCAAGCAAAAGACAACCCACAUACAGAAAGCGGCACUUUCGGCGCCUGUCACUCCCAGUCUGACACCGAUUCCGACAGUCACUCCAGUGGCAGUUCCCUCUCCCAAGGCUGCUCCCAUCCCAGUAUUGAUAACCCAGCCCACGCCGACAGCGAUCCAUCCAUCUCAACCGAUAGUCAACAAUUGCUCGGCCAAGGUGGCGCCGCUGCCCUUCUACAAUACCAUCUACGGCAAAUUGCAGGAUCCGCCGACACCAAGCAGCAGCCCCAGUCCCACCAUCAACACUAUGCCUAGUCUGGCCGAAUAUUUGGAGUCUACAAAAUCCUCCAAAACAGCAGUAUCGCUGGUAGUAGCGAAACCCGCCAGUGUUGCAGCUGUCACGCCAAUUAGUGGCACCACAGUUGCGGCCACAGCUGCCGCUGCAUCGGUUGAAAUGCCCCCUCCUGCCACUACUCCAUUAAAGCUGUAUACGCGAACCGCCAGCCAUGAUCCGCGGCUGAAUCCCAUGCUCACGGUCCCGGAUCCUAUGCCUAUGCCGAAACGAAAGCUCUCCAUCAGCGAGUAUCGGAUGCGCCAUCGUCCUUCGGUAGACACUGCUCCGACCACGCCCACCACACCCACCACUCCAACCACCCCCACAACACCAACGGGAACUAGUAAAGAUCGUGGCUUCGCCAAGCCGCACACCAUUAACAAGUGCUCACUACAGUCGCCGGAACGCUUCCAGGCUGCGAUUCGGGAGCGGCGUAACUCGAUUAGCGCUCACCACCAUCCCCAGCAAAACGUUAACCUCCAUAUGAACAACAAUAAGAGCAGCAGCUCCACCAAGAGCGGGAGCAGCAGCGGUAAUCAUCUGCAACAGGCGUUGGGUGUUGUUGGUGGUAGGAUGCCCAUCAAGAAUGCGAUUAUUGAUCCGGCGGCCACCACCUUAAGCACGGUGAACAGCAUCCUGAGCACGGCUCAGAAGCUGCACAUGUUUGAUGACAAGCCAAAGGGAGGCCACUUUAAUGCUGCCCCCACACUACUCGAGCAGCAGCAGGAGAAGAUGAGCGAGAGAUCGCGGUGCUUGCAGCGGACCAUUUCCUGUGACUCUCGGGUUAUCGAGCGAUUGGGCACAGGCGCAGCUGCUAGUGCUUUAGAGAAAGUGACCACGGCGGCAGCCAGGCGGGAUGGCUUAUAAAAUGUAAGCCACACAACAAACGGAUGAACAGAAAACUAAACCAGUUUUUAAAUUCAAUACAACAUCAACGAAGCCCACAAAACUGCAGAUUGAUUCCAAUUUUCUAUAUUAGAUUCUCGCGCUUUCCUUAUACCAAACAACAAAACCAACCCGUUAUUUUAUUUUAAACGAUAAAUUAUAAAGAAAAUUACAACGCGCAUAUAGUAUGAGCUGCAUACCUGUAUGUUUUGUCGAUUGAGAUCAAAAUACGACAAGAAAAGACGAUGCAAUCAAUGUACAUUACAAAACAGAAAUAAUUUUGCAUAGCAAAAAAAUUGGGACAUCUUGAAAGAAAGAUAAACGUUCUACUAAACUACUUAGUUAUUUAAUAGUAUCGUUUUUGUCAUAGCAAACAAGCCGCUUAAAUUACUUACAAACAAGAAAACUACAACUACAAUAUAUGCACAUGUAUAUGCUAAACACCUAUAAAUAGAGCCUAUGUAGCGAGAUAUAAACAAAACUUACAUAGCACAUAGAGUACCGAUUAGGCAGCCAAAAUUGAAGUUAUAAAGAUGUUAGAAACCACUCUUGGCUCGUUUAGUAAUUGAAUAUGUAUUUUUAAUUCUUAAGUUCAUGCAAUCCUAGAGAACAGUUUCGUUUUAACAAUUGCAGAAGAGCCUAAAGUAGUUGCGGGGAGUAUCCAUCCCUAUAUAAUUUAAUUUGUGUAACUUUCGUUUAAAUUUUGAAUAACUUGUAAUCGUAGUAAUAAAAGAAGAACAACAAUUAAAACCAGUAAACUACAAUAUUAACCCAGAAAAAAACAGAAUAGCCAGACUUAAAAAUGCAAGCAAUAUUAAAAAUCCAAUACCUAGAAUGAAAUCUUGGCGAAUAGUAUACAAUAAAAUCGCUAUCAAGACCAAGAAGGCAGAAUCCGGGACUAAAAUCAUUGUAAAUAAUAUUUUUAAAUAUCCAAAAGCAACCAAACGGAGAAAACAGAAAAAUACUUGUUAUCGUAUUAGGCAAGUAAUGUUAGUUAAAACAGAGUACAAAGCGAUGGUUAAUUGAAUGAAAUUAAGCUAAUCGAACGUUACAAAAAAUGUAAAUAAAGUCAACAACAGCAAGUUUACGAAGCCAUUUUCGUAAUUAGGCGUACAUUUUUUUUAUCUCCCAAAUUUUUCCUAAAGUAAAAAAUUCACAAAUAAUUUAGUAAAAUACUUCAUUGCAAAUUUAAAUAUAAUUUGUUUAGCUUGUCAAUAGGUUUAGAACAAUUUUAUUCUGAUCAACGCUCACCGAGGAAUGUGUCAAAAAACUUUAUUUGCUCUGUUGUUUAUCCAGGUUAAAUUUAUAAGAUUUGACUUUCGUAACCGAUUUAGAUACAUUCUUUGUUGCAGCAUUUUUCUAUUAUCAAUGUAAAAAAUCAAACUUGUUUACUUCCAAGCCAUGCACACAUUACAAAAUUGGAAGGUUUUAAAUCAAAUAAAUCUAAAAAAAAAAUUAAUUUGACCCUGUGAGAAAAUUAUUUAACGUAAUCAAUUCAGAUAGAAUUUGUUACUGAUAAUAAGCUGACACAAAACUACUUAUAAGUUGUAAAGGUGUUUACAAAAUACAUUUAAAUUUGUACAUACGCAAUUUUAUUUCUUAUAUUAACCUAUAACCAAAUCAUGCAGGUGGUCUUUGGCAAAGCGCUUUUUGAGUAUAUUUAGUUUUUAUUUCUGUAAAUAUGCAUAUGCCACAUUAAUUAUGUAAUCGAAUAAGUGUAAAAUAUUUAACUGAAGUCUACUAAGCCGAUUUUAUGAAACGUACGUUGUUAAUUUUUUUUAGCGCUGUACAAUACAAACAAGACCUAUAUUAAACCUAUUUAUAGUAUCAUAAAAAUUAAAUAUAUUGAUGAAGAGUGCAUAGUUUUCGUAAUACGGUUUUUGAUAGUUCUAGCAUUAAAAGCAAACGAAAUUAUUUAUAAUUUAUUUGAAAGGAAAAUACCUACUCGUAAUAAUUUUUACUCUACACCUAAAUUCUUUGUAAGUCCGAAUUUGAAUUGUAAGUCUAAGCAUAGUGGUUUAGCCAUAAGGUACCUUGGUUUAACUGAUGUAAAUUAAAUACGUUAAUUGUUUACUAAACACAAACACAAGCAUGCCUAAAGAAGUGGGCAAACAAGCUUCGUCUGUAAAAUACAUUACAAAUGAAUUCGUAAGAUUCUUUAACGAUAAACAAAAAACAGAAAAACAAAAAUAAAACGAAAACAAAAUGAAAAUAAA